ACACCUCGGAAAACAUAAUCCGCCUUCCAACCGUCGAUAGAAGUCUAUCAACUCACUAUUCAAGAUUUAACGCUUAAACAACUUCAACAUCAACAUGAAUCGCAACUUGUCUUUGCUUCUUUUGGUCGUCGCAGUGGUUUUACUGGUCGCAGCCACAACAAUCGAUGCCGAGUGUCGCUGGCUCGACUGCCAUGCACAUUCAGCCGGCAACUGGUGCAACAUACUCGGACCCGGCUGGAAGGUCAAAACUUGGAGACGUUGUAACGGUUUGCUGGGAAAAUCUGAACAGUGCUGCAAAUGAUAACAUUUUUUAGUGUUUAUUUUUUUCGUAUACUUAUAACUCUGUAUGUUUAUAUACCUACAUAUUUGAUACCAGUGCAUACGAUAUGUUGUAAGACACUACGACUCGUUUAAUUACUUUUAUAUUAUUGAAUUAUCAUCAUGUUUAAUUGUGUAAACAUUUAGUGUAUAUUGAUUACAGUUAAAAAUAAAAAACUAUUUCAUAUAAGUAC